AUGGAGCUGCGCUCGGAGCUACCUAGCGUGCCCGGCGCGGCGACUGCAGCAGCCACAGCGACGGGACCUCCCGUGGCAUCAGUGGCGUCAGUGGCCGCGGCGGCGGCUGCCGCAGCCUCACUACCGGUGAGCGUGGCCGGGGGCUUGCUGCGGGCGCCUCCCCUGCUCUUGAGGGCAGCGGAGAAGUACCCGCGGACCCCCAAAUGCGCGCGCUGCCGCAACCACGGCGUGGUGUCGGCCCUCAAGGGCCACAAGCGCUACUGCCGCUGGAAGGACUGCCUGUGUGCCAAGUGCACGCUCAUCGCCGAGCGCCAGCGCGUCAUGGCCGCCCAGGUGGCCUUGCGCAGGCAGCAGGCGCAGGAGGAGAACGAGGCGCGCGAGUUGCAGCUGCUGUACGGCACUGCCGAGGGCCUGGCGCUGGCCGCCGCCAACGGCAUCAUCCCACCGCGGCCCGCCUACGAAGUCUUUGGCUCCGUGUGCGCCACCGACGGCGGGGGGCCCGGAGCUGGAGCGCCCGCGGGGAGUGCAGGGGGCGCAGGGGGCGCAGAGGCCAAGUUGCAGAAGUUUGAUCUGUUUCCCAAGACCCUGCUUCAGGCCAGCCGCCCCGACAGUCCGCAGCCACAGCCAGUGAAGCCCUUGUCGCCCGACGGCGCAGACUCGGGUCCCGGGACCUCGUCCCCAGAGGUGCGGCCGGGUUCCGGCUCGGAGAACGGAGAUGGCGAAUCCUUUUCGGGGUCGCCUCUGGCCCGGGCCUCCAAGGAGGCAGGUGGCAGCUGUCCUGGCAGCGCGGGCCCCAGCGGCGGCGGCGAGGAGGACAGCCCCGGCUCCUCCAGCCCCCUGGGUUCCGAAUCGGGUUCGGAGGCUGACAAAGAAGAGGCGGAGGCCGCACCGACUCCGGGGCUGAGCGGAGGCCCCGGGCCGCGGCAGCGGACGCCGCUGGACAUCUUGACGCGCGUCUUCCCGGGCCACCGGCGAGGCGUCCUGGAGCUGGUGCUGCAGGGCUGCGGCGGCGACGUGGUGCAGGCCAUCGAGCAGGUGCUGAACCACCACCGCGGAGGCUUGGCGGCCGGCCUGGGCCCCGGCGCGCCGCUGGAUAAGGCCACGGUGAGCGCGGCCGUAGCGGUGGACGACGCGUGGCCCGGGCGCGUGGACGCCGCGGCCGCCGGGGGUCCCGGGCUGCCCGCUCCGCUGCAGACCGGGCCCGCCGCGCCCCCGCACCACAGACCCUUGCUGGCCGGGGCCAUGACGCCGGGCGCGCUGGGCUCGCUCAGCAGCCGCUCCGCCUUCUCGCCGCUGCAGCCCAACGCCAGCCACUUCGGCGCCGACGCGGGCGCCUACCCCCUGGGCGCGCCGCUCGGCCUGAGCCCGCUGCGCCUGGCCUACUCGGCGGCGGCGGCCCACAGCCGCGGCCUGGCCUUCAUGGCGCCCUACUCCACCGCCGGCCUGGUGCCCACGCUCGGCUUCCGGCCGCCCAUGGACUAUGCCUUCAGCGACCUCAUGCGCGACCGCUCGGCCGCCGCCGCCGCCGCGGCGGUGCACAAGGAGCCGGGCUACGGGAGCGGGCUGUACGGGCCCAUGGUCAAUGGCACCCCCGAGAAGCAGUAGGACACGGGGCCCCGCAGCCCAGCGGCCCCCAAACACUGACCCAGCCUGCUCCCCAGC